GGAGUGAGCUCUGAGGGUUGCUGCCCAGAUCCAUCCUUUUGGCUUUGUCUCUUAGGUAUUUUGAGAUUGUGAGUCUCUAUAGUUGGGAACAAGACCACUCCCUCUACCAAAUUUCUUGAAGAACUAAGACUCCAUACACUAUUAAGAUCUGUGAGUUUUAGGGGCCUUCCCUUCCUCAGCAUCUGAAACCAUGAAGCGUAGAUAUGAAGAGGGGUCAUCAUAUGUCAAGAGUACUGAGAAAGGAUCACAGGAAGGAGAAGGGCAUAUAAGAGAAGAUUCUCCAAUUAGACCUGGCCCAAGUGUGGUGAUCAAAGCUGAGAACCAGCAAGAAAAUGAGAAUUCUUCUAUCUACUAUUCAUUUUCCUCUUCUUUCUCUUCUUCUGCCAUAACACCCAAAACUGAUUGUAAAGGGUGCAUCUACUAUAUCCAGGUGAAAACUAUAAAAGGAGUGGCCGUUGCAUGGGAGACUGAGACUGGAAUGGAGCCAAUCCAGAGGGCACCUCGAAUUUAUGAAUUAAACCCAUCUGAAGAUAGCAGAUUAGAGUCUCCUUACCAAAACUUACCUGGCAAAGCUCUGGCUGAUAUGGACAAAAACAUGGAUGAAAUGAAUGAAGACUAUAAAGAGGAGGAAGUACCAGGACCUUCAAGGGUUACAGAUGAAAGAAGACGGAGAAAGAUCCCUGAUUGGAUGGUCACAACAGACAAUGGCUACCGUUGUGUGGCCUGCUGCCGGGUAUUCCUCACCCUGGAGGACCUCAGAAGACAUGCUAAAUCUGGUCCCAAGGAGGGAUUUAGUUGCCAUGUUUUUAACAAAAAAAUCCAUGAAAGACGAAGAGUCCAGAAAAAUUUGCCUCUAGGCAAAGAUGAACAUUUAACUCAAAGUCCCAAAGAACAAAGUAAGCCACGUGAAGACCAGGGUAAAGGAAAAGGCCGACAUGGACGCACCUCCCGUGAAACUCAGAGUAUGGAGUUGCACCAUGACAAGGAUGCAGAAUGAGCUGGGGUGACUCGAUUAUGGGGACUCUGGUUCUUCUGUCAAAACACUCCUACCAGUCACCCCAUUUUAAUUCCCAAGUCAACAACUCUUUGAAACCCUCACAGGUCCAAUAGUCCACCAGCUAUAGCAUCUCCAGCUUUCAUUGGAAGGAGGUCAAAAGUCACAGGGAACAAGAAAGAGAACAACAAAUCCAGGAGCAGGGCCAAUAAGAAUGGACUCUACACCAUCAAGUCUCCUUAAGGAUUGGAUUGUCUCGUUUUUGUAUUGACUGAACGAUCUCCAUAUUAGAAUGGAAAACAGAACAGAGAAAGUUCAUAGUCUUUAUUGUGAGGAAAUGAUCAGUGGAAGCUCUCACUAUUUGGGAAUAGAAAUGAGACACGAUGGUUCAAGAGCAGAUUGCAGCUGGAGCAGAAGAAGUUCUUCAGAUAAACAAAAUGAAGACUUCUAUACAGAUGAAACUGAGUGGAAAGAAGAAAAAAAGAAAGAAAAGAGUUGACAGGAGAGAAGAAUCUAUAAUUCUUAAGGAAAAUGUGAGACUGACACUCCCCUGCUCAAAAACCUUUAAUGGCUCCCCCCUGCCAACAGGGUAAAAGCUCCUUAAGGUCCUCUCUCUA